AUGUCUACCUUUGGUACGCACUUCAGGGUCACCACCUAUGGUGAAUCCCACUGUCUUUCCGUCGGCGCCAUAAUCGAUGGUUGCCCGCCUGGCAUGGCCCUCACUGAGGACGACAUCCAACCCCAGAUGACGCGCCGUCGACCCGGCCAGUCCGCUAUCACAACACCCCGCAAUGAGAAGGACCGUGUAGAGAUUCAGUCCGGUACAGAGUUUGGCAUCACAUUAGGCACCCCAAUUGGCGUCCGGGUCAUGAACGAGAACCAGCGCAAGCAAGAUUACGGCAACCAGACCAUGGACAAGUACCCGCGACCCAGCCAUGCCGACUGGACAUACUUGGAAAAGUACGGUGUGAAGGCUAGCUCAGGUGGUGGACGCAGUAGUGCACGAGAGACGAUUGGAAGAGUAGCAGCUGGCGCCAUAGCAGAGAAGUACCUGCGCGAAGCCUACGGUAUCGAGAUCAUCGCCUUCACCAACUCCAUCGGAAACGAGUUCCUCUUCCCCCCCACACCCGAACACCCCACCGCAUCCACGAACCCAGAGUACCUCAAGCUCAUCGACUCAAUUACACGCAACAAGGUAGACGAGUUUUUGCCUGUGCGAUGCCCGAGCGAAGAAGUCACAAAGCGUAUGGAGGACUUGAUCGCCAAGUACCGCGAUGCGCAGGACAGCAUAGGUGGCACAGUGACUUGCGUCAUAAGAGGCUGCCCAACAGGCUUGGGAGAACCAUGCUUUGACAAGCUGGAAGCCAAGUUGGGACAUGCCAUGCUGUCGAUACCGGCGACUAAGGGGUUUGAGAUCGGCUCUGGCUUCGGAGGCGCACAAGUGCCUGGUUCAAUUCACAAUGAUGCCUUUGUCAAGGCUCCUGCUGUUCCGGCUGGCGAGAACCCUGAUGCAAGUAAAUAUCGUUCGAAACCAAAGCUCACUACCAAGACGAAUAAUUCAGGUGGUAUUCAAGGCGGUAUCACGAACGGCGCGCCCAUCUACUUCAACGUAGCGUUCAAGCCCGCAGCAACUAUUGGGCAGGCACAGUCGACAGUCACCUACGACCAGGAAGAAGGUAUUUUAGAAGCCAAGGGCAGACACGAUCCUUGUGUAGUGCCUCGUGCAGUGCCCAUCGUUGAGAUGAUGGCUGCAUUGGUCAUUAUGGAUGCUGUACUGGCUCAGCAGGCGAGACAGGGCGCAAGAAGUCUGCUGCCGCCACUGAAGGGUGUUCUGCCCGUCAAUGGUGCAUGA